UCCUUCUAAGAGUUUUGGUACUGAAAAACAAUUUUCCUUCUCAGGUCUCAAAAUUUCUCACGAUGGAUACGGAUACGGUUCGUGCUGCAUUACCAAUAAAAAGAGAUACCUUAUAUGAUGUUGAUGAAAUAAAUCGAUCAAACAAAAAACAGCUGGCUAAACGACCUAGGGUUUGGGAUUCUGAAGAUGCAACAAAAACCAGAAAAGUUGAUCAAAAUAAUGGUAAUCUUGCUAAACUAUACCGUCCUCCUGUUGAAUUGAUGUUUAGGGGUUCUUUCCAUGAGUCAAAGGAAGUCGCAAAGGCACAGCGCAAAUGGUUAUUACUUAAUCUGCAGUCACCGACAGAAUUCAGUUCGCAUAUGUUGAAUCGGGAUACAUGGGGGCAUGAAAUCCUUGCUGGGAUGAUUGCAUCUAAUUUUAUCUUCUGGCAAGUGUGCGAUGACACCACUGAAGGUAAGAAAGUGUGUGGUUGGUAUAAUUUGACGGGUUCUAUUCCUGCGGUUCUUGUUCUGGAUCCGUUCACAGGCAAGAAGGAGAAAUCCUGGAGCGGGAUGGUUCAGCCUGAGGCAUUAUUAGAGGACUUGAUGCCUUAUAUGGAUGCAGCUCCUCAGGAUUCAUUGGAGAAACCAGUGGAGAAACCUGUUAAACGCAUAAAAGUAUACAGCAGAAGAAAAAGAACAGCAAGAAGAAAGUCCGAGGAAGAAAAGGCGAUCGGGGCAUCAUCGAUGAAAAACAUGACAGCUACUGGUGUUCUAGCUUCAAAUGAUGAUGCAAAUGAAUGUAAGAGUGACGAUGUAGGAACAUUACUGAGCAAGAAGCUUAGGUAUCUUGAACUCGCUGAAGAGCCAAAGGAGGUCGACAAAAAACUUCUUUGCAGUAUCAGGAUUCGACUUCCUGACGGACGCAGAGUUCAGCGAAAUUUCCUGCGUACAGAUCCAGUUCAGCUGUUAUGGCCUUUCUGUAGCUCCCAGCUUGAUGCAGCAGAGUUUCCGUCUUUUGAAUUGACGCUAGCCAUUCCAGGUGCGUCAAAGACUCUUAAUUAUGAAGACAAGCUGACAUUCGAGGAAUCUGGAUUAUCAAACUCAAUGAUCUCUGUAACUUGGGAUAGAGCAUAGGUAAGGUUUUAUGAAAUGAAAUCUACAUUUACUGAUUAGUUGCUGAUGUUGAAGUUGUUGUUCUUCAGAAGUUAAUAAAAAUGCUUAGCAUUUUGAAGUAAUCUGAUAUGAAAUCGGAUAUUGAAUCCGAAAUUUUAUACAGAAAAAUUUACAUAGAUUAUAUUUACAACAAUGUACCAUCCGCAUGAAAGUUCCCAUUUCCCAUUUCAGAGUCUAAAUAAAUUUCUAAAAGAUU